AUGAUUUUCUUGUUUUUUUUCAUCUUACCUUUCGUUUCUUCUCAAACAAUUAAACAACUCAAUGAAAUAUCUAUCAAUGAAGAAUUACCUAUUGGUUCAAUAAUUACAUUUUUAACUGAUAAAAUACCUAAUUUAGAUCAAUCAUUAGAAUAUGAUCUUGUUACACCUGUAUCUUCGGAACUGGAUCUCUUCUCAAUUGAUCAUACACGUCAAUCACUUAUUAUUAAAAAACGUAUAGAUUAUGAACAAAUAUGUACGAAAACAAAUUCUACACAUUGUAUUAUACCGAUUAGUAUUGCUGUUUCAAAUCAUGAUACAAUCUAUGUUUAUAUACUUCCUAUACGUAUCAAAAAUAUCAAUGAUAAUCCAAUAAAAUUUUCUGUCAAUCGAACAGUUAUUGAAAUUGAAGAAAAUGAUAAAAAUUGGUAUAAAAAAUCAUAUUUACUUCCACAAGCAACGGAUGCCGAUGGUGAUUUAAUAACAUAUUCAUUAUAUCUUCAAAAUUGGAAUAAACCAACGGGUUUAUUUGAAUUAGAUCAAACUAAUUUCUCAUUAAAACCAUUAAAAUCAUUUGAUCGUGAACAACAAAAUCUCUAUUUACUUCGUCUUAUUGCUCAAAAUAAACAUGAUAAAGAUGUAUCUAUUGAUAUUAUUAUUAUCAUCAAAGAUGUUAAUGAUAAUUCACCUAUAUGUGAACAUAAUCCAACUAUAUUCAUUAUAAAUAAUACAAACUCAAUAUCAAUAUUAUCAUUAAAUGUAACCGAUCUUGAUGAAGGUGAUAAUGGUAAACUUGAAUAUUCUAUAAUCAAUCCCUUAUCUGGUUUUACUAUUGAUCGUUUAACGGGUGAGAUAAAAUUUGAUUAUAAAAAUUGGUUACGUGAAAAUAAUCAAACAAAAUUAUUUAUUAAUGUUACUGAUGAUGGUAAACCAUAUCGUUUAUCAACAGAAUGUAUUAUUGAAUUAAAAUUUUUAUUUGCAUUUGAUAUUCAUUUUGAAACAAAUUAUACAGAUGAUAGUUUAAUUAAUAUUGAAAAUAUUCAUUUACCUAUUGGAAAAUUUCUUAUUAUUGAUAAACAAACGAAAAUGAAUUGUUUCGAUUGUUUAAUUGAUUUAAAUUCAUCGUUAGAUGAUAUAUUUUAUCUGAAUGAUAAAACAUUUGAGUUAUAUUUAAAUUAUAAUUCGAUGUUAUUAAUACGUAUUUUAUCAAAUUAUAUGAUUAAACAAGAAAAUCUUCUAAUAAAUAUUAAUUUAAAUGUAUUCGAUAAAAAUAAUCCAUCGAUAAUUUCAACGAAAAAUUAUUCAUUGAUUUUAUCAUUUAAUAAAAUGAAAUUAUUAAUUAAUUCAAAUAUAUUAUUUAUUAAAAUUGACCAAAAUAUUUUUUUAAAUGAACAAAUUUCUAUAUUCAAUCGUUAUCAUUAUUGUUUAAAUAAUCAUUCAAAACAAUUUAUUAUCAAUGAUCCAACAAAUACAUUCGAAAUUGAUAAUAAAUAUAAUUUAAUAGUGAAAAAAUAUUUAAAUAUUAAACAACAACAAAAUUAUGAAAUUAUACUUAAAGAAAUUGAAAAUAAUCAAACAGAAGAAAUCAAUUCAUGUUCUAUUCAACUUCGUAUUCAUGUAUAUGAUCUGUAUUCUGUUGCGAAUGUAUACCCAUAUUUUACUCAAUCAUUUUACAUUUUAUCAAGUACGAAUAUUUCACAAUUUUCUUUACCAUCACUUCCAUCUUAUGUAAAAUAUAUCUCAUCAAAAUCGAAUGAAAUUUCUAUCGAUGAAAUCAAUGGUUCAAUAGCCAUUCAAUCACCAUCAUUAUUUUCAUCUUAUUCGUAUGAUUUUUAUAUUCAAGCUAUUAAUUCUCAGACACCAUCAUUAAGUUGUUCGAUACCAAUACGUAUUUUUUUUGGUAUUAAUCGUCAAUCACCACGAUUAGUUCAAAAUUUAACAAAACAAUCUAUUGAAAUUCCAUCAUUAACAUCAGAUUUUAUUUAUCAAAUUCAAGCUUAUGAUCCUGAUUUAUCAUUAGAUAAUCAAUAUAAAUUAUUUCCACCAUCAAUUCAAUAUGAAGUAGAUUCAUCUGAAAAUCUUGAUAUUGAACGUUAUACUGGUCGAAUAUUUCGAAAGAAUUCAAAUCAAUUUAUAUAUAAUUUUACAUUAAUUCUCAUGGAUUUUGGUCAACCAGAUCGAUUGAUAACUCGUGUUCAAAUAACAUUUCAUAUUAAAUCAAAUGAAUUACUAAAUCGACAAGAAAUUCCAAUGUUUAUUUCAACAACAUUUAUCCUCAUUAGUAGUGCUAUACUUGUAAUGAUUGUUCUAUUAAUUAUUAUUAUACUUUUACUAAAUUGUUGUCAUCGACAAUCAUCAACAAAUAAAUCUUUAGCAAAUAUUUCACCAACAACACCGGAUAGUCGAUUAAUUGAUAAUGAAUAUAUUACAACAACAACAUCAUUACCACGUGUUGUUAAUCGAGAACAACGAAUUUAUCCAACGAUUACAAAUGAUAAUGAACGAAAACUUUUAGAACAAAUUCAUCUUCCACCACCACCAUUAUAUUCAGCAGAAAAAGUUUUUAUUAAACAAGAUUAUCAACAGAAUUUAUCAAUGAACGAUAUUAACAAAUAUUUAGAACGUUUUGAAAAAAUUUAUAAUAAUUCAUCCGAAUCUAAUGGUCAAGAACCUAUAGGAUUGGUUGUGUAG